CGUGUGCGCGGAGACGGCGGAGGACUGCACCGGGACGCUCUGGGUUUCGGGUUUCCUAUCUGACUGCACCAGACGUGAAUCAGUGAAACUUAAAGACACUUUUUCAUACAUUGCAUCUGGGAUCCCGUUUUCAUUCGUUUUCCCUGCAGAUGCCCGGCGAAUAGAGGAACGUAGCCCACCUUUCCUUUCGAUCUAAAAAAAGGGGGGACGGGACAUUCUUAUUUGACCAAACGGGACAGCCUCUCGCCUCCACCCCGGCAUCGUUGCGCAGUUAUCACGACUUUGCGAAGUCCUGCCGCAUCUUCCCCACAGACAGGAUGGGCAUUGACAGCGAGGACCCUUUGCCGACAGAGGGCGCUCUUAGCACCAAACAAGUGCGCACGUUCCUGAAGGGGGAACCCAAAACUCUCGGGGCGAUACAGAUCGUCAUCGGUGUUCUGACCUUCUGUCUGAGUGUGACUCUGCUCCAGGAGCCCAUUCACUUCCCCGGGGACGUCAAGAUCCUGAUCGUGGUGGUGGUGCAGCUCUUCCUGUCUGGCUCUGCCUUCGUGCAUGCUGGGAGAAAGCCAUCACUCUUCUGGGUGAAGACCUCUCUGGUGUUGAACCUCGUCAGCGCGGCGUUCUCCACGGCAGCCCUGGGGCUCCUCUCCAAACACCUGCCGUAUCGGCAGGACUCGUACCACUGCAUCCACUGCCGACGGGUGGAGAACUACACCCUGAUCAUGAUUGACGGGGUGGUGGGCACGCUGGUCCUGUUCCUGGUGCUGGAGCUGGUCAUCUGCAUCACCGGCAUGCUUUACGGCUUGAGCGUUCUGGCCAACGGCACCCUCCAGUUGACUGUUCGCAGACCCCAGUCCCAGCCGGAGCUCCCCCCUCCUGGUGACCCUCAGCCCCAGGUGACGGCCGGGACCCGUGUGGUCACCAUACCCAAGGUCCAGGUGCAGGCCGCGCCCCAGGUCCCCAGCCACCCCCCUCCCCAGACCGUGCCCCAGGUGGUGGUCCAGGCCCCCCGGCCUGCCUCGCCCCCCAGCGAGCCGCAGGUGGAGCCGGUGUUGGAGGCUGCCACGCCCUAA